UUUGUCAACAAACAAUCUCACAGGUUCAAUCCCUCCCGAGUUAGGAAAACUAAACUCCCUAACUCAUUUCAAUUUGCGUGAGAACAAACUGAUAGGCUGCAUUCCUUCAGAAAUGGACAAUCUUACACAUUUGCAAAUCUUUGAUAUAAGCCUUAACAUGCUCACAGGUCAUAUACUACCAAGUAUCUGCCUUGGAGGAUCACUUAUCAAACUACUUGCAUCAAACAACCACUUAAUAGGUGAUAUCCCAAAAUUCUUGGGAAAUUGCAGUCAGUUACGUCGAGUUAGGCUUGAUCAAAACCAACUCACUGGAAAUAUAUCUGAAAUUUUCGGGGUACUCCCAAACUUGGUAUAUAUCGAUCUAAGUUAUAAUAACUUUUAUGGUGAACUUUCUAAAAAAUUGGGGCAGUGCCAUAAUUUGACUAGUAUAAAGUUCUCCAACAAUAAAAUCUCUGGAAAUAUACCACUUGAGUUUGGAGGUGCAAGUCAGUUGCAACUACUUGACCUCUCUUCAAAUCAUCUAGAUGGAGAGAUCCCAAAGAGUUUGGGAAAGUUGGCCUUAUUGUUCAGUAUUUCUCUGUGUGAUAACAAACUUUCAGGCAACAUUCCAGUAGAAUUUGGUAGGCUAUCUAAUUUGGAAGAUCUAAACUUGGCGGCAAACAAUCUAAGUGGAUCAGUUCCAGUCCAAAUAGGGGAGCUUGUGAAACUAUGGAACUUGAAUUUGAGCAAAAAUCUACUCAGGGAUGAUAUUCCAUAUGAAAUAGGGAAAUUACAGUUUCUUCAGAGUCUUGACCUUGGAAACAAUUUGUUGAAAGGUCAGAUUCCACAACAGAUUGGGGAAUUGCAAAGCUUAGAGACAUUAAAUCUAUCCCACAAUAAGCUGUCUGGUUUCAUUCCAUCCUCUUUUAAUGGGAGAUCAAGUUUGACAUUUGUUGAUAUAUCUUAUAAUCACUUGGAGGGUCCUUUGCCCAACACCAAAGCCUUUCAAGAUGCUCCAUUUGAGGCAUAUGUAGGUAAUGAUGGUUUGUGUGGAAAUAAGACUGGUUUGAUGCCAUGCUCACAAAAAAUAAGCAAUGGUGCUAAAGAGAAAAAACAUAACAAAGUUUUGCUUGUGGUCUUAGUUCCCAUUUUAGGCAUUUUAUUACUUGUGGUUGUUGGGAGUUUUCUAGUUCUUCGAAAAAGAGUGGGAAACAAAGAAAAUGAGCCUAAAAGAGAAAAUAUUGAAAAUUUGUUUGCAAUAUGGAGCUAUGAUGGAAAAAUGGUGUACGAAAACAUCAUUAAAGCAACAGAAGACUUUAAUGCCAGACAUUGCAUCGGUGUGGGAGGAUAUGGCACUGUUUAUAAAGCCAAGUUGCCAAGUGGGCAGGUUGUUGCUGUAAAGAAACUUCACUCUUCACAAGAUAGUGAGUCGGAAAACCUAAGGAGUUUUACAAGUGAGAUUCGUGCAUUGGCAGAGAUACGGCAUUGUAAUAUCAUAAAGCUUUAUGGUUUUUGUUCGCAUCGACGACACUCAUUUCUAGUUUAUGAGUUCAUGGAAAGAGGGAGCUUGGGAAAUAUAUUGAGCAAUGAGAAAGAAGCAUUGAAUUUUGAGUGGAGGAAGAGGUUGAAUGUUGUUAAAGGUUUGGCAGAUGCUUUGUCAUACAUGCACCAUGAUUGUUCGCCUCCGGUCAUCCAUCGCGAUAUAUCAAGCAAGAAUGUUCUACUAGAUUCCAGAUACGUGGCUCACAUCUCUGAUUUUGGCACUGCUAGCCUUAUAAAGCCUCAAUCAUCCAAUUGGACUUCAUUUGCAGGAACCUUUGGAUACGCAGCUCCAGAACUUGCUUACACAAUGAAAGUGAAUGAGAAGUUGGAUGUUUAUAGCUUUGGAGUUUUAAUACUGGAAGUUUUAAUGGGGAAGCAUCCGGGCGAUCUCAUCUCAUCUCUUUCCUCAUCACCACCCACUGUUUAUGGUGUAUUGUUGAAAGACAUAUUGGAUAUGCGCCUCCCAUCUCCUGGGAAUCAUUUGGAAGAAGAAGUGGUCCUUGUUGCGAAGCUAGCAUUGGCAUGUUUACACACCAGUCCACAGUGCCGACCAACAAUGCGACAAAUUUAUGUGGCUCUAUCAAAACAGAGACCGCCUCUGCAGAAUUCAUUUCACUUGAUUUCAUUAGGACAACUCUUUGAUUUCAAAUGUUCAACCUCCUGAGCAUUCUCAUUCUCCUCUUCCCUUUAUUGUUUUGCAUUUUUGUUUUUCCAUUUUUACUUUGAAAUUUUGAUUUUCGUUCUCUUUGUUAUCUAUUUCUUUGCCAUUUUCUGUGUUCAAAGUUGGAAACACAUUGAAAUACUGUUGGUAAAUAAAAACUUGUUCCAAAGGACAGGUGUGAAUAAGAUGAAGAGAAGGCUUGGUCGCAUAGCCUUUUAUCCUUAUGAUAUGUUUGGCUGCAAUGUCGUAAUUUGUAGCCUCAUUAUAUUCUUGGCUUCAUAAACCUAGCCUGGACCAUGUAGUGACCCCUCAUUGUUUUCCUUUCCUGUAAAUGUUUUGUAUGCUUAAGUGAAUCAAAGUGAUCAAUUGAUUCA